AUGUUCGCCUUACGAGGAAUCGGCAAACUGAUAUUCGGUUCAAGCACGCAGGAGGCAUUGAUCGAGCUUCCACAGGGACAGCUCUACCUUGUUCGACCUUUAUCUCCUAAGGGAUACUCUGAACUCAUUUUUCGAGACUCGGCUAUCCGCAUUCGACGCACAAACCAGGAGUUCCAGUAUCAACUCGUUGUUCAGCGCGUCUUUGAAGAAGGUGAAGCAGAGCUUCUUGCCGAAGAAGAGGGUGAAGACGCCGAAAUCGACGCCCUCGCAUCUGAGAAAGACGAGAAGACCUUCCUACUCGACGAGGCUCUAUAUUUCCGUUCCGAGAUUCGCGAGAGUGGUGACAAAGUUCUUGCUUGGAAGGAUUUAAGCGGUGAUACCGGUGACCUCUUCCAGUUCGUUUGCGACCCUUCCGUUACAUCAUCCCAGGUACAGCAGUUUGUGCAAGUUGCUCAGCAGUGCCAAUACGAGCGCAAAUAUCGCAAGUCGCAUUCUACAGCAACGGCCUCCGACCUUCAGCAGUUCGAAUUCGAAGAAGAGGACCCGAUACCGCCUGCUAGUCCCCUGCAUAGCCCAACGUUGGCUCGAUCUAUCGAAUCUGUCGACGAUAUGUUGUCUAAGACCCAGGCAAACUCCGCUGCUAAGCGUGAGCCUGCCUUCGUGCCCGAACAGGAAAUUGAAGCCCCAGUCUUGACUGGUUCAGACGCUAGCAACCCUCCCGAGGCUCUAGAGAUAUAUGCCGCUGUUGUGGCUGAACUGCAUGUUUUUGACCCUCAGCCUGGUCAUUUCGCUCUCGUUGACGAUUCCGUCAUUGCUCAAGUCUCAGAAGUUGGAAAAUGGGAGUACUGGCUCCAGAUUGAGUCGAACGAUAAGGCGUAUCUGGGUACACCUGUCGUCGCUGACUUCAACCCCGUCUUUGAUUUCGAAUAUCUCUCUUUCGUCUUCAAUCAUUUCAGUAGUGAUGGAACUGCGCGAUCAUGGCUUCUCAGAUUUAAGGAUCAGCCCACCUUGGAAAAGUUUCAAGAAGCGAUUAUGCAAGCCAUCUGGGAGAAGCUGAACGAGACCAAGUGGACGAAGAUGCAAGACAAAGAACGCGAAUAUGUUCUUGACGCAUUUGGCGACCUAACUAUGGAAGACGCGCCUUCCACAGAGGAAGAGGAGGAGGAAGAGGAGGAAGAGGAAGAGCUGGAGGAUGAUCGCGCGCAAGAGGAGGAGUACGACACAGAUGAGGAGAACGAUAGUAGCUUCCCCAAGAACGCUGAUGGUGAGGUCAACUCGCAAUUGGCUGUCGGUUACAAGCACGACCGCUCAUUCGUCGUUCGCGGCUCCAAGAUCGGUGUAUUCAAACAUACACCUAACAAUCACCUCGAAUUCUCCACGAACAUCUCCAAAGUCACAACUCCUUCAGGCAAACUCAUGAACCCGAAGAAAGUCAUGCUGCACAGCGAGGAUCGAGAUCUCAUCUUACAGAAUGAAAUUGAUCCCAACAAGCUCUACCGUAUGGACCUUGAAUAUGGAAAGGUUGUGGAUGAGUGGAACGUUCACGAUGACAUCCCCGUCGUCACAUUUGCCCCCGAGAACAAGUUUGCGCAGAUGACCUCUGAACAGACCUUCCUGGGCGUCUCAAACAACGCUCUUUACCGAGUUGAUCCCCGUCUAUCUGGUAACAAGCUUGUUGAUGCCGAUAUGAAGCAAUAUGCCUCGAAGAACGACUUCUCUGCCCUCGCAACUACUGAAAAGGGCUACAUUGCUGUUGCAAGUAACAAGGGUGACAUUCGUCUCUUUGACCGGCUCGGCAUUCGAGCCAAGACACAGCUUCCUGCACUUGGUGACCCCAUCACUGGUAUUGACGUUUCUGCCGAUGGCCGAUGGAUCUUAGGAACAACCAAGAACUACAUCCUGCUUGUUGAUGCCCAACAAAAGUCUGGAAAGAACGAGGGCAAGCUUGGUUUCGAGAAGCCUUUCGCUGCCAAUGACAAGCCGCAUCCUCGACGACUCGCACUUACCCCUGAGCAUGUGGCCCAGUUCUACCAUGAGACUGGAAAGUCCGUUGACUUUACUCCCGCCAAAUUCAAUACUGGAGAGGGUGCGGAGGAGACAAGCAUCAUCACUGCAACUGGCCCCUACAUCAUCGAAUGGAACCUGAAGCGGAUCCUUCGGGGUAUGAAGGCAGCUUAUAAAAUUAAGCGUUAUGAAGAGGAGGUCAAAGCGGACGACUUCAAAUACGGCUCAGACAAGAACGUCAUUGUUGCUUUGCCCAACGAAGUAAACAUGGUUGCAAAGCAAAGUCUAAGGAAACCCACCCGCGAGAGCAUCAUUGGCAACGUUCGACUGAGUGAUUCGCGUCGAGGUUCUGGACGCAUCGGGACCCGAGACAGUGGCCGAUACAAACUUGGAAAGGACGAUAUUGUCAAUGCGCCUUAUUGA